AUGCUGGUGGAUGUGGGGCCGGUGACCACGGUGUCGAUGGCCCGUGGAUAUGGGGGUGGCGGUGCUACGGUAGACUGUGGUCCUGGCACGGCGGCCAUGGCUCCGAGGGGCUUGUCCGCCUCUAACCUGCCGCCUCUGGGUUUAGCGGUAGGGGAGCCCGUGCCCGACGACCGCUACCACGCCAUCUACUUUGCGAUGCUGCUGGCCGGCGUGGGCUUCCUGCUGCCCUACAACAGCUUCAUCACCGACGUGGAUUACCUGCACCACAAGUACCCAGGGACCUCAAUCGUGUUCGACAUGAGCCUCACCUACAUCCUGGUGGCGCUGGUGGCCGUGCUCCUGAACAACGUGCUGGUGGAGAGACUGAACCUUCACACCAGGAUUACCGCGGGCUACCUCUUGGCCUUGGGCCCCCUCCUCUUUAUCAGCAUCUGUGACGUGUGGCUGCAGCUCUUCUCUCACGACCAGGCUUACGCCAUCAACCUGGCCGCUGUGGGCACCGUGGCCUUAGGCUGCACAGUGCAGCAAUCCAGCUUCUAUGGCUACACGGGGAUGCUGCCCAAGAGGUACACGCAGGGCGUGAUGACCGGGGAGAGAAGCACUGGACAAGCAGAUCACUUCUGUAUAUUUUGCCACGGAGAUGAGCAAGGCACCUGCCGGAGCGGCACGGCGGGCGUCAUGGUGUCCCUGAGCCGCAUUCUCACCAAGCUGCUGCUGCCGGACGAGCGGGCCAGCACGCUCAUCUUCUUCCUGGUGUCCGCGGGCCUGGAGCUGCUCUGCUUCCUGCUUGCGGGCACACGCCUGGCAGACCCGCACCUGCGGUCCACGGGGCUCGCGGUGGCCGUGCCCUGGGCCCAGCAGCCCCCUGUGGAUGGGCGGUUUCCAGACCGUGCCGGGGGCCCCAAAAAACACGAAGAUGGAAACCCCCGAGCUGGGGUCUUCAGAGCUCCCCCCAAUUUUUCCGGCCUCGUUGAACCCAGGGAGCUAACACAACACGAAUACACCAGCAGCUUCCCGAGGUCCCGAGAGGUGCAUGCCCUGCUGCUGCACCGCUACGCCGUGGCCCGCGCCAUCUGGGCCGACAUGCUGUCCAUCGCCGUCACCUACUUCAUCACGCUGUGCCUGUUCCCGGGUCUCGAGUCCGAGGUCCGCCACUGCGUCUUGGGCGAGUGGCUGCCCAUCCUCAUCAUGGCCGUGUUCAACCUCUCCGACUUCGUGGGCAAGAUCCUGGCAGCUCUGCCCGUGGACUGGAGGGGCACCCACCUGCUGGCCUGCUCCUGCCUGCGUGUGGUCUUCAUCCCCCUCUUCAUCCUGUGCGUCUACCCCAGCGGCACGCCCGCCCUGCGCCACCCGGCCUGGCCCUGCGUCUUCUCUCUGCUCAUGGGCAUCAGCAACGGCUACUUUGGCAGCGUGCCCAUGAUCCUGGCGGCGGGCAAAGUGAGCCCCAAGCAGCGGGAGCUGGCGGGUCCAGUCUCGUCCGCAGGGAACACCAUGACCGUGUCCUACAUGACGGGGCUGACGCUGGGCUCCGCCGUGGCCUACUGCACCUACAGCCUCACCCGGGACGCCUACAGUACUUGCUUCCGCCCCUCCGCCAACACCUCCGCCCCCGCCGGCCUCUGA